AUCUACAGGGGAAAUUAUGUAAUUAAACACAAUAAAUAAAACAUCCAGGACAGAAUUAUAAGAGAUCAAACUAAAAGUUGAAUUCACAAGCACUUCAUGCAAUAAAAUUGGAGGUUGUUGUUGUCUGGCUGGGUUGUACAAGAUGGCAAGGGCAUUUGCAGUUGGUGUUGGGAAUUGGUGGAGCCAUUCCAAAACUGUGAUUUUAAUUUGGUGUAUUUGCAUCUUCUUCUACAUCCUUUUCUUCCAUAUGGCUCUCCAAAAUUCCUCCUCUUCGUCGUCUUCAGAUAAAUAUUCGGAGCAGCGGUCAAGGUUGUAUGAUAAAAUGGAAAGGGAUUUGGAUGAGCGUGGAGCAGCUUUCCUCAAACAUGGUGAAACUUCUCAGUCACUGUUGCUCUCGGAUAUUUUCACCCUUAAGGAUGGAUCUGUAACACCUGUGCUCAAGGCUGCAAACCCUCCUGUCCGGGCUAAUGUUUUGUAUCUUAGCCCAGAAUACUCGGUGCCCAUCUCGGACAAUGUAAAGAAUACAUUUAGUUCAUACUUUGAUAAAGUUUGGUUUCAGAAUUCUAGUGUAUACCAUUCUAGCAUGUUUCAUGCCUCACAUCAUAUUGAACCUGUUCCUGUCACUGAAGAUGAGAUCGAAGCUGAAGUAAAUGCUGUCAAAGCUGUUGCAGACUUCCUCUGCCCCUUAAAAAUUGUCUUGGAUAGAGUGGUUUUGACUUCAACUGGCGUGCUUCUGGGAUGCUGGCAGGUGAUCUCUGGAACAGAUCCCUUAACCAUUCGGGCUAAACUGAAAACUGCACUUCCACAUGCCCCAAAGAAGCAACUCUAUGAUGAUGCUAUUCUACACACAUCAUUUGCAAGGCUUUUGGGUCAUCCUAAAUCUCCUCCCAUGGAGCCUUUAGAUGAACUCCGAUUUUUCCAUGAGCUUGUUGCCAGACUAAACGAUAAAAUCCGUGGAUUUGAGGCAGUUGUUUCUGAACUCUGGUAUGUGGAGGAAUAUGAUGUGUUAGCGCUUGCUUUGGACGGAAGAAUGAAGGUCAGCAGGUUCAAACUCGGUUGCAGCAGAACCUAAGGUUUCAUGUUCACAAAUAUAAGUGAGAAUUAAUGAAGCAUAUUUACCAAACGAAUCAACUACAGGUUUGUAUACACUACACUGGACUUUGGGAUGCUUUGUAAUCACCGUCUCUAUAAAGCCUCUGCAUUUCAGCUUCUUUUAAGAGUGCUAUGUUGAAAUUCCCAACCAUCCACGACUUGGUUUUUAACUAAUCAUUGUCUCCUGUGUAUAUCAUGCAACAGUUUUAAUCUAAAUCGACAAGAGAAUGCAUGAAAUACAAAUAUUACUUGUUUCCCUUUUAUUUUA